CCUGUCAGAGAAGAAGAACGAGACUCACGUGCUUACCCAGCGCAGACUUACAGGUUUAAUAGUUUCUAAUUUGGAUUUCUAAAUCGUCACUUGGAAUACAAUCAAGUCAAAAUGCCGAAAAUCAAGGCGGAGAAGAAAAGCCGGCGGCACCAAGAGGUGAAAAACCAAGGGAUCAUGUUCAACACCGGCAUCGGUCAGCACAUCCUGAAGAACCCGCUGAUUGUCAAUGGGAUCAUUGAGAAGGCGGCUCUGAGGCCGACCGACGUGGUUCUGGAGGUGGGACCCGGAACGGGGAACAUGACGGUGAAGUUGCUGGAAAAAGUCAAAAAGGUGGUGGCGUGUGAGCUGGACGGCAGAUUAGUGGCUGAACUUCAGAAAAGAGUCCAGUGCACACCCAUGCAGACCAAACUUCAAAUAUUAGUUGGAGAUGUGCUCAAGACGAAUCUGCCUUUCUUCGACGUGUGUGUCGCUAAUCUACCGUACCAGAUUUCGUCCCCGUUUGUCUUCAAGCUCCUGCUGCACCGACCUUUCUUCAGGUGUGCCGUGUUGAUGUUCCAGAGGGAGUUUGCAAUGCGGCUUGUUGCCCAACCCGGAGACAAGCUGUACUGCCGACUGUCGAUCAACACUCAGCUCCUGGCCCGAGUCGACCAUCUCAUGAAGGUGGGAAAGAAUAACUUCCGCCCUCCUCCAAAAGUGGAGUCCAGCGUUGUCAGGAUAGAACCGAAGAAUCCUCCUCCUCCGGUGAACUUCCAGGAGUGGGAUGGCCUGGUCAGAAUAGCUUUUGUGAGGAAAAACAAAACCCUCAACGCGGCCUUCAAGUCCAGGGCGGUCGAACAGCUGCUGGAAAAGAACUACAGAAUUCACUGCUCUGUCCACAAUGUGGAAGUGCCAGCCGACUUCAGCAUCACCAAUAAGAUCGAGUGUGUUUUGAAGGAGGUGGAGUUCAGUGAGAAGAGAGCCAGGACCAUGGACAUUGAUGACUUCAUGGUGCUGCUUCAUGCAUUCAACUCCGCAGGGAUCCACUUUACUUGAGGAGGAGGAGGAGGUCGUCGUCGUCAUCUGACUGAUCUUUUCUCUUCUUUCUUUGGUUGAAAAGUACAAAGAACAUUAGAGACAUUUAAAGAGCUCAUAUUGAGUGUGCUAUGUUACCCUGAGAGAUGAAAGCUGUAAGCGCCCUCCUGGUUGUGCGAGUCAUUCAUUGUAAAAAUGAUCUGCAAUGGGUGAAUAUUUGAAGAUUUAAGUAUUCUACAGUUAAUAUCUGACCUUGUAAUAACGGUAGAUAUCUUUUGUGUGCAGUCUCUUUAAAUAAAUUCAGAUUGUACAGAC